GAUUGGUCAGCACAUCUGUUUAGCGUAACCUUUACUUUCUUUUUUUUUUUUUUGCGUUACUUCCUUGAGAGUCAGUUUCUAGAAAAAAAAAAUAUCUAAGUGCAAAACUUUAGGGAAGCAUCUUUGCAUUGCUAUGCAUUGUCUUACACAAGCAUGUUGCAGCCUUCUUCCAUUGUAAUACUUCACCUUGAAACAAGCAACUUUCUCCAAAAAAGAGCUGCCAUUCAAACGAGUCUCAUGCCACUAUUAUCCUGUGAUUAACACUUCUGCUGCUGGAGAAGCUUUCAGCUCAAUGGCAGCAGUGGAGAAUGUAACACACCCUACAAACAACGUGUCAAAUUUCAAUUUGACAAUAGCCAACACGCCAAAUUCAACAGUGUACCCAAUAAAUGUCACUCUAAAAUACGACAGAAUUGUUGAGAUGUGCUGGAAAGAAUUUAAUGAUUCAAUGUUUCACAUUAAUCAGGAAUACUGGUGCAGCUGGGAGCACAUUGUCAGCGCAUACAACUUGUUGCAAUUAUGCUUGGAAUUCUACGCCGAAUUACAUUUUAUUGCCUUCCCAAAUGAAUUGGCACAUGACGCAAUUGUGAAAGCCCACAUGUAUCAUUUUAAAAAUUGCAGUCUUUUGUCUGAAGAACUCCUAGACCCUCCGGAGAAUAUUCUAUUAGGAUUAAUUUUUGCCCCCAUCUGCAUUAUACCUUUUCUGGUCACACUUGUUGUAUACAAGAGCAACACUAGCAAAGCACAGACUUAAGUACUACUACUACUGACAUUACUAGAUAAUGUGAUUGCGUUUUCUAACUGCUUAUAUUAGCAGAAGGCUUUUGACAGUCUUUGGUCAAUUUUAUGACCGUGCCUGAUCCUUAAUGCUCACCUACAUUUUAGAAUCCACUUCCAGCUUGGAAAGACUACAACCUCUAACUUCACUGACCUUCCGAUUAUGGUGAUAUGAAAUUGGACCUCAUCAUGUAAGAAGCUUUUAAUCUGUCAUCAUGUGACUUCACUGGAAGAUUGACAUUCCAAGCGUAUCAACAAUUAAAAUAUGUCAAAUAAAAUGUGAAGCAAGAAGACCAUCAUCUCUCUUCUCCAUCACAGAAAUGAGUGUACUGUACAAUAUUCUGGAAUAUUCUUCCAAACUGUUCCCCGGAUAUUUUUCAGUCAACACUUUAAAUUGACACAUGUUUCCUCCUAAGAAAGAGCCAUCUACAUGUGAGAACAACAUAGUUGAGAACAAUGAGCAUUGUGGCAUUAUUUUAAUGCCUUGUUUAAUUGUAAAAAUAUCUUGUCUAUGUGUAGACGCCCCUAUGAUGGAAUACUGGAAGCUUUUAAUAUGUUAUAUUUUUCUGCUUUAUCUGUUUGAUAAUAUUUAUAAGAAUGUGUUUGUAUUUCAAAAAUGAUGUGGAACGAAAGGCUUGUCUUCAGCCCGAGGAAUUGGACAUGUAAUGUUGAAUUAUAUUACUGAGAGUGAAAUUGUGUAUGUAUCUGUGUGUGGAGUGCAAAACUGAACUUUUAGUACAAAAAAACCCAAAAAAUAAAUAAAUUGAAAACUGA